ACUGUCUCACUUCCUCUCUUCUCUCUGUGUGUUACAGGGUCGUCGAGGGAAGAUGGGGGAACCUGGACCCAGAGGCCUACCUGGGGUAAAGGGUGACUCUGGCGUCCCAGGAGACAAAGGAGAUCAAGGAGAUCCGGGUCAGCCAGGUGGAGACGGGGCCUCUGGGAUGAAAGGACAAAAGGGGGAAGAGGGCCUAAGAGGACCACCAGGACCGGUGAUGACAGCUCAUGGACUGAGACAUCUGUCUGGCUCUGAGGCUGAAUCAGGAGAGACGGGCCAGAAAGGAGAAACGGGUGAUCCAGGACAAAGAGGACUCCAAGGACCACAUGGUCUCAAGGGAAGCCUAGGACUACCAGGUCCAAAGGGAGAGCCCGGCCCAGAGGGUAAAGAAGGUCCUCAUGGACUCAUCGGACUCCCAGGGAUUGCAGGAGAGACGGGAUCGUCGGGGGACAAGGGACCACCCGGUAGAGACGGUCUUAAAGGAAUCAAGGGGGACUCUGGAGGUGUGAUGGGACCCCAGGGCCUGCCUGGACCCAAGGGAGAGCCUGGAGAGCCAGUAGCUGAACAUCUGGGAGAGGGGAUGACAUCUGGACCCAGAGGAUCACGAGGGCCAAAGGGUGAGCGUGGCGUUCCUGGUGUACCAGGAGACCUAGGGGAGAAAGGAGAGCCUGGUCUGGGCGUUGAAGGACCUCCUGGCCCCAUGGGACAGAGAGGAGAGAGAGGAUUUGAGGGCCCUCGUGGACCCUCCGGAUUCUCAGGCCCUGCUGGGACCCCGGGGAGAGAGGGAUCCCCUGGUCGAGAAGGUCCCCCAGGUCCACCUGGCCCCGCGGGUCAACCAACUGCCUUGCCAAUUGUGGGAGAUAUGAGCUCUUUACUCAAGAAUGCCUGCACUGUGUGCCAGACCAGAGUGCCAGGUCUGCCUGGGCAGAAGGGCGAGAAGGGAACCUAUGGAGCGACAGGAGUGCAAGGCAUGGUGGGAGAAAAGGGGGAUCCAGGAGUGCGAGGACCUCUCGGUAAUCCUGGGAAAGAAGGUCCAAAGGGGAUGAAAGGAGAGAGAGGAUUCCCUGGGCCUAGUGGAGACAAAGGAGACGAGGGCUCUCCUGGAGUUCCAGGCAUUCUGGGUGCAACAGGCCGUACUGGAGACCCUGGUGUCAUGGGCAGACCUGGGCCAAUGGGUCAGCCUGGAACAAAGGGAGAGCGGGGAAGUGACGGCUCCCCUGGAAGGCCAGGACUACCAGGCCCCCCAGGUGUCCCCUAUGUGGAGGGCAAUGGGAUGAGCAGUCUGUACAAACUGCAGAGUGGAGGAGCCAUCUCAGGACCCCCUGGACCACCAGGUGCACCAGGCCCCAAAGGAGACGAGGGAAGAGUGGGAGAUCCCGGAUCCAUGGGUUUACCUGGACUAGAAGGACUACCUGGAGCCAAGGGUGAUCUGGGGAUACCUGGAACCCCUGGAGUACCCGGGCCUUCAGGGAAACCUGGAGCUCGCGGUGAUUCGGGGAUCCCUGGGGAACCGGGUGAGAGGGGCCCGCUGGGGGAGACAGGAUUCCCAGGUCCUGAGGGACCCCAAGGUGCUCCUGGGAGGCCCGGGAAAGAUGGACUUCCUGGGUACGAGGGAGCCACAGGUAGACUAGGAGACAGAGGAUCCAAGGGAGAACGGGGGGACCCAGGGAUACCUGGAGCAAGGGGAGUCCAAGGGGAGAGGGGAAGGACAGGAGAUCCAGGGAUAGUGGGACCUAUCGGGCCCCAAGGCCACCGAGGAGACCCUGGUCCUCCAGGUCCCAUAGCAUCACCAAGCCCUCUGAAUGAUGCCAAUUCCAUGGAAGAAAUUAAAAUGUUUAUCCGGAAUGAAGUAUUGCGGUUGUUUGAAGAGAGACUAUCAAGCCAUGCCGUGCAGAAGACGCCGGCUGCCAUUUUAGCGGCGCAGGUUCGACAGGGUUCUCCCGGUCCCCCUGGCAACGACGGAUCCCCAGGGCCUCCAGGGGAAGAAGGCCCCCCCGGCCCUCAAGGGUACAGAGGUCAGAAAGGAGAGAGGGGUCAGCUAGGUCUGGGGAUACCAGGAGCUCCAGGUCUGGCAGGUCCACCAGGUGAACCUGGAAGCAGUAUCCAGGGACCACCGGGCCCUUCAGGUUCCCAGGGACCUCAUGGUAAAUGUGAUCCCAGUGACUGUCUCCAUCCAUCCUCUCACUCCAGACGGAACGGCUAGGGGGCCCCCCCUCAACUGAUAGGGGAAACCUUCAACGAAUAAGGGCCCUCUCAAUGGCUAGGGCCCAGGUGCCCCCUCCACCCAUCCAGCCUCCAUCUCUCUACAGCAGUCAACCAUAGGCACAGGAGCCGGGCGUGUGGAGCCUGAUCCCUCAGACAGCUCAUAUCAGACAGACAGUAUCGUCCUUGUGGUCAGUUUUACAUUGAAAACACUCAUCCUCUGUUACUGCUUUACAUGGGAAAGACUCACAGCCAGAAAUAGAUACAAUAUGUAUCUCAACACAAUGGAGUAGGAUGAAAUUGCCCAUAGAUGCUGAUCUUGGGUCAGUUUUGCAAUUUCCCCACUAAUUGUUAAGGUUGCAUUGGGGGAGGGGAAGCUGAUCCUAGAUCUGUACCUAGUGGAAACUUCACCCUGGAGCCCUUACAACCGCCUUUCGGUUUUCAUACGACCAUAGAAGCAUUGAAAUUCAAUUAUUUGUUACUUUACGUUGAUGGUUAUUCUAUUCAUUUUAAAUGUGUUACAGUCCAUUAUUAUUGUCAUUAUAGCUACGAUGAUCAUAUGAAGUACUGUUUAAUUUAUUUCUUGUUUUCACACAACUCCCCUGCUGUGUCCUGAUGCAUUCCAUAUUAAUUCACAUUAAGUCUUUCGAGGCCGUAAAUUAAUUUGUUUCUUUAAAUAAUACUGUCGGGAGAAAACAUUUUCUCCAUGAUUUGAUAAUGCUUGUUUAUGGGGAUAGCUAUGCACACGUUUGGUCUCAUUUGAUAUUAUCGUUGUGUGUGUGUGAGCUGGUAAACAGGCAGUCUGAAAUGUGUGUGUUUGUGUAUGACUAAUCAAUAUUCUUUGUGUGAACUGUUUAUGCAUACCAAAGUGAAGGAGGUUCAUCUAACAUGAAAUAUAUUUAUGAAUAUAUAUUAAUAUAUGUUUCAUCAAUGAAAGGGAUAUUUGUGAAACGUGUUAGAAUGAAGCUAGCUACAUGAUUUGAUCAAGUUACAUAACAUAAUGAAUAUCUUGUAGUGUAAUUCAUUACUAGAGCUUUGUUAAUGAAUUUUGUAAAGUUUUGAGAAUGCUAAAUAUUCUGUGUUUCAAAAACUACCAGUCAGAUAUAUUGCAUGAUACUGUUGUAAUUGUAAAGGGAUGGUCUGGUAUCAAAACAGAAUACUGGGUUCCUCUCUCGUCACACCCUACACUCUAGGUACUUUAUGUCAGGCGUUACCCAGUGAGAUCUCUCCACAUACUCUACACCUCAACAUGUAGUGUUCAUAACAGACUAAUUGAAUAGUCUGCUAGAUUGGGUUCUGAGUUCUGAUAUUAUUCAACAGGUAAAAUCGCCUGACUGUUGUCAUAUCUCAAGACAACCAGCACAACAUGAUCAAGGGUUAAACACUAGCUUAAUGCCAACUGAAUGUAGUUUGUGAAGGCUUGGUCAAGUUGACAUUUCUUCCAUGUACAGUUUGUGUGUAAGUGUGUAUAUUAUGCUAAUGUCGUAUCACCUCGCGUUCACGUGAAGUUAGCCGCGAAGACUUCAAUGUAGAUUUCUUGCAGUCAUACAUAUGGCUAACAUGAAGUAGGACAGUUUCCCUCUAUCCAUGGUCUUGUCUCCAAAGAGGGCAGACAAAUACAUGUCAAAUACUACAGCGAUUGAUUGAAAUUGCCCAGUACAAUGAAACCAAUAGAAUAUGGUAGGAUUGGAGAUGUUGUUACAUCGCUGCUCUUUUGGCAACAUGGUCUCAUUAGAAUAUGUCAUAAAAAUAGUGCCAUUUAACCAUGUCACUUCUGUGGACGUAUUACUAAUAUCUACAUGGGAGUAUACAGCUGGUUCAUCCAUCAGAACUGUAUGUGCAUCUGAACUGAAUGUACAUCAGUCUACAUGGGAGUAUACAGCUGGUUCCUCUAUCAGAACUGAAUGUACAUCAGUCUACAUGGGUGCUAUGUGUAUAUUUAGAUUUUGAAGCCAUAAGAAGUGAUCUUUCUAAUCCAAUAAGUACACUGCAAUAUUUUACUUCUGACUUUUCUUUCUUUGUUUUCUUGGUGGGUCUUUACUUGAACUCUUAUUUUCUGAAAGCGUUUUUAUUGACAAUAUCUGUACAUUACUGUUCAGAUAGGUAUUACUCCCUCAACUGUUCGACCAUGUAGCAUUGUUUGUCACUGUAUACAUAUAUAUUAUGUUGGUGUGUCUUAAGACUGGAGUGGUUUUGUUAUGUAUUUGUUGUGUUUCUGAUUGGAAAGUAAUAAGCUAAGAAUCACAGACUUGAAUGAAAUAUCUCUGUGUUCUUCCUUCACCAAUGUUAUCAGAAUGCUCUCUCUGUCACUCAGGCCUCAAUUCAAUCUAACCUGCCCUUAGGUGUUUCCUUUUCACCCAGUGACCUAAAACCGUACCUUUUUGUGAAAAGUCACCGUAAAAACACCCGGUAGACUGUGGUCAUAGAGAUCGAUAAGAUGUGUGUUUCCAGACGCAUUCAGUAGUGAAACAAAGGUACUAUUCAAUAACUAUAUUAUUGUGGUCUCCUAAACCCGACCCUAGGCAGUACUGGAUACAUUGUGGGAGGCAAUGCGUCUGCCUUGGGAGACUAAUACUAACGUAGGUUUGCUUGGAUCUGGACCCUCAAAGGCAAUUAUUUAAGUUGGAGGAAGUACGUGGGUGGAGCUGACACUUUGUGAUGUUUAAAUUGUCUCUCUUGCCUUCUUUUAUCGGUCUAAGGCACUGCAUCACAGUGCUUGAGGCGUCACUACAGACCCGGGUUUGAUCCCAGGCCGUGACCGGAAGACCCGUGAGGCGGCGCACAAUUUGGCCCCGUGUUUUCUCCGACACAUUGGGGUGGCUGGAUUCCGGGUUAAGCGAGCAGUGUGUCAAGAAGCAGUGCAGCUUGGCAGGGUUGUGUUUCGGAGGACACAUGGCUCUAGACCUUCGCCUCUCCCGAGUCCAUACCGGAGUUGCAGUGAAGUGAUGGGACAAGCCUGUAACUAUCAAUUGGAUAUGACGAAAUUGGGGUUAAAAAGGUGUAAAAAAUGUAAAACAAUGUCUCACUGCUGCGCUCCCAUUUCUUUGAGUUGGAGAUUUUCUCUUAGUAUUUCAGAGCAUCAAAUUGAUUGAGGGUCUUUGAAGAUUGGUGACAGUGGUGACAGUGGAGGCUGCUGAGGGGAAAACGGCUCAUAGUAAUGGCUGGAACGGAACAAAUGGAAUGCCAUCAAACACAUGGAAACCAUGGAAACCAUAUGUUUGAUAUAUUUGAUACCGUUCCGCUCCAGCCAUUACUAUGAGACCGUCCUCCCCAAUUAAGUUGGCACCAACCUCCUGUGCAUAUGUAUGGCUCAGGUCAUUAUAUGUCAAUGAGGUAACUGCAUAUUCAACCCUUUGACUUUUACAGAAGAAGCUAAUUGGUUAACAACAUUGAGGCAUUUCUUUAUUUCCAUGUCACACUGUUACUGCUUGCUCGUUUUGUUGGCAUCUCAACGUGAACAUUUUAUGUGGCUAAAUGAUACUACCGGAAGUAAGACACAAAGGCUGCGUUUACUCAGGAAGUCCAAUUCUGAUUCUUUUGCCAAAUUAUUGGCAAAAGAUCUGAUUGGCCCAAAAGACCAAUAUUACAGCAAAAUAUUAGUAUUGGCUGCCUGUGUAAACACAGCCAUAGGCAGAAUGACACAGAAUAUGGCUGUGUCUCGUGUCCUUACUUCAUUUGUGAGUGGACAGGGCCCUCUAGUGUUCAUUAGAAGAUUGUUUGCUAUAUUGAUGAACAUUUUAUUUAAAAUAAGGAAUCCUCUGAUGUGUUAUAUUAACUUGUGCUAAUUUCCACAUUCCAACACCCGUCCUUAGAGGAAUGAUGAUGGCUUGAUGUGGUUAGUCUGUUAGCCUUGAAACCAAGCUGAGAUGUACCCUUUCACCAUUGUGGAUUCCAGGCUAGUAGUAUGUUUUGGUGUGUGUGUUUUCAGAGCAAACUCUCUUCAAGGAGAUUGGUGAAAGGUCCAAUGCAGCUGUUUCUAUCUAAAUAUCAAAUCACUUUUGGGUAACAAUUAAGUACCUUAUUGGGAUUGUUUUCAAUUAAAAUGGUCAAAAAGAAACAAAAAGAGCUUUUUAGCGAAGAGACAUUUCUCAAAGAAUAAUUUUGCUAGGACUAUAUAUAUAUAUUUGACUGCAGUGGGCCUUUAAAGUCAUGAAUGGUUUUGACUGCAGUGGGCCUUUAAGUCAUAGUCAUGAAUGGUUUUUGACUGCAGUGGGCCUUUAAGUCAUAGUCAUGAAUGGUUUUUGACUGCAGUGGGCCUUUAAGUCAUAGUCAUGAAUGGUUUUUGACUGCAGUGGGCCUUUAAGUCAUAGUCAUGAAUGGUUUUUGACUGCAGUGGGCCUUUAAGUCAUAUUCAUGAAUGGUUUUUGACUGCAGCGGGCCUUUAAGUCAUAGUCAUGAAUGGUUUUGACUACAGUGGGCCUUUAAGUCAUAGUCAUGAAUGGUUUUUGACUGCAGUGGGCCUUUAAGUCAUAGUCAUUAAUGGUUUUUGACUGCAGUGGGCCUUUAAGUCAUAGUCAUGAAUGGUGUUUGACUGCAGUGGGCCUUUAAGUCAUAUCAUUAAUGUUUUUCCUCUUGUUAUGUUGAGUUGCGGAAGCAUGUUGUAAUAGAUGUUGUCAUUUGAAAAAGAAAUCAGCUUCAAUGUUUAUCCAUUGAAGCUGAUUGGUCAAGACAGUCAUGAAUGUUGUUUUUCCUCUUGUAACAUCCAAGAUGACUGCCUUCGUAUUGAAGCAUCAGCACAUUGUUGUACACUUUAAAAGCAGCUUCCAGUCUCAGUACAAGUCCAUUUAUGCUCUGAAACGUUACCAUGAGUUCCAGGUUCACCUGAUUGUCUGCUUCAGUAUGUGUUCACCUCUAGGCUCACCUGCUAGUCUGCUUCACUAUGGGUUCACCUCUAGGUUCACCUGCUAGUCUGCUUCACUAUGGGUUCACCUCUAGGUUCACCUGCUAGUCUGCUUCACUAUGGGUUCACCUGAUUAUCUGCUUCAGUAUGGGUUCACCUCUAGGUUCACCUGCUAGUCUGCUUCACUAUGGGUUCACCUCUCGGUUCACCUGCUAGUCUGCUUCACUAGGGGUUCACCGCUAGGUUCACCUGCUAGUCUGCUUCACUAUGGGUUCACCUCUAGGUUCACCUGCUAGUCUGCUUCACUAUGGGUUCACCUCUAGGUUCACCUGCUAGUCUGCUUCACUAUGGGUUCACCUCUAGGUUCACCUGAUUGUCUACUUCGCUGUGGGUUCACCUGAUUGUCUACUUCACUAUGGGUUCACCUGCUAGUCUGCUUCACUAUGGGUUCACCUCUAGGUUCACCUGCUAGUCUGCUUCACUAUGGGUUCACCUCUAGGUUCACCUGCUAGCCUGCUUCACUAUGGGUUCACCUCUAGGUUCACCUGAUUGUCUACUUCGCUGUGGGUUCACCUGAUUGUCUGCUUCACUAUGGGUUCACUUGAUUUAUUCUCUGUUUUCUCUGCUAUUUGUCCAUGGUAUUCCCUGAACGAUAAUGAACAAUCUGUCCACACUGUAACGACCCUGGGUUUAUAAGUGCGGAUAUCGACUCUGCAGCACGAGCAUGCUUUUGCGGCACAGUCGAUAGCGUGCUGGACUUCGGGCUAGAAGGUCGAAGACCUGCUCCCUGCCUGUUUCAUUACAUUGGUGUCAGAAGUGGGAUGUGUGACACCAAUGUAAUGAAACAGGUAGGGAGCAGGUCUCAAACCCUC